AUGCAGAAACGGAUAGAACGGACCAAAUUGGAACGAAGACUCGAGAAGUUGAUUGCGCUUCAUUUUCCAGUAGGCGGUCAUUCUGCUGGGGAGAAACAUUUUCGGCCUGGAGGGAAUCGGCGGGCAUCAUCAUUCUUUGAUCUGGAACUUGGCCAUUUGAAGCGAAUGAGUGUAUCUGAUGCCACCGGACUAUGGAAGGGUAUAUUAUCAUCUGGAGGAGGUCAAACCGAUGUGCGAGCGGCCGAACAGCGAAUAACUCCAUGGGAAGAAGAUGCUGAUGUUAGCAAAUGUCCUCUCUGCCGCGCAUCAUUUCAUCCCCUCACAAAUCGGAAGCAUCACUGUCGCCUCUGUGGGAAGAUCAUAUGUUCUCUGCCUGUGAGAUACCCACAACGAGCUGCCCAGUGUUCAACACUAUUCGUCGUUGACCCAAAAUCACGGAAAAUCGAAGAGGUCGGCGAAGGCGUGGACUACGGUGUUAAGAAGAGGCGAAUGGGGAACGUAAGCGGUCCCGGAAGCUCAGGGAAAAGGCCAGCUGAAGAACCAGAGGACGACUCGGAGAAAUUCCUGAAGGGCGUUAGGAUAUGCCAGGAUUGCCGGCCUAUAUUAUUACGACAGCAAUAUCAGCAGGAAAUAAUCACCGUUCCUACAUUUUCAAAGCUGUAUCAAGUCCUUAUAGAGCUUGAAAAAGAGCUCGAAGACUGCUUGCCUCAAUUUCAAGAACUCAUUGUUAGCCUUAAUCAAGAUGAGCAUCCUACGAAGGAGGCAGCCGCAGCACGCAAACGUUUGCUUGAUAUCUUUGCACAGUAUGAUGCUGUCGCGAAACGAAUACGGAAGCUUCCUUGUACCCCGGGAAGCUCUCAAGAUCGUGUUCAGAUGGCCGUCACAACACGGGCUAACAUAUUCCUACAAAAGCAUAUGUUCCCACUUCAAUCACUGCCAAAGGCGAAACCCAAACACAAGAAGUCCUCGAGUGCAGUGGAGGAAGCCCCGGUCAUUGAUCCUGAUUCGGAGGUUGCCCACGCGUUACAACCUCUAUUGGAGCAAGAAGCACUCUUAGAGUCGUUCGUGGAGGAAGCCAACGCGCAUCGGAAGUUUGAGGACGCGAAGGCGCUGAGGAUAAGUCUCGGUGAAAUUCGCGAGGAGAUCGAGCGGAUAUUAGCGAAUGCAGAGAAUGGUGCAGUGAAAAGAAAAGGGAAGCACAGUUGA